AUGUGUGCAUACGCUUUGCUCUCAAUGAUGAACCGUCGUUUUCGCGGACGGCACUGUGCGGCGGUGAUCGCCACGCUCGCCUUGUUCGGCGUGUUGCUCAGCCACGCCGAUCAGAUCACGUACCUGGGUGUCUUCCCGGCGAUGGAGGGCGAGACCGUAGUGAAUGUACUGAGUGUCGGGGCACUGAAGGCGGAGUGCCCUGGAGGGGUUCUCUCCUACCACGUUGAUGCUACCUACGGCAACAAUGCCAGCUUCCCGCGGUUGCAUGACCCCACACUCGAAUUCACCGCUCUUUUCACCGGUAUGACGGUGGGCUUUCGGUCAACGUACGUGGACCUCAUGGUGCGGUGCAAUGUCAUCACCCCCGUUGGUGGGACGUCGCGCGUGUACUACCGUAUCUCGCCGGGCACGACGACGACGACAACGACGACAACGACGACAACGACGACCACUGCACCGAUCAUGCAGUGCUCUGGCAACUACAAUUACUCGCUGACGCUCAGUUCAGAUGGCACGUUCGCGGAGCAGAUUACCAGCCUCUCCGCUCGUGCAACAGCUGCCGGCACGUUCUGCACUUCGGGCACAAUCUUGGCGACACUGGAACCGCCUACUCAUGGCACGGUUCGGUGGAACAACUCGGGCACCUUCUACUACACCCCCUUCAUCCCCAAGGUGGGCAACGCGGUGGACUCCUUCAAGUUCCAGCUGACAUGCUCGAGCGAGGGCUCCAGGUGUGAAGGCACGGCGCUCAUCUCCAUCGUCGACGAGGACAAGGACGAAAUUUACUAUGCUAUGGAGGGCGCAAUCGUGUGCCGUGGCACCUGCGACGCAGACGCGUGGCGCGCCAAACCGACGGACCUCGCUCUCUUCGACGUGAACAAGACAGGCGCCGCUGUGACGCCGCGCAAGGACUCCCGUUCCGUGGACGGGGUCGACUUUGACUUCACAGUGAAGGGUAACCUGAUCAUCCACGCAUACACCACGAUAGGCAACCUUGCCGCCCGCUUUGUGACCUUUUCCCCCAUCUCAAAGGCCAACGCGCAGGGGUUCUUCGACUCCACCUCCGUCCUGGACGGCUCGCACGUCUCCUUCGAACCGUCGUGCCUAGACAAGCAGGCAAGCACCGGCAGGGGUGCUGACAUUUGGAGCUGGACGGACAUGAAUGAGCUGAAGGGCCACCUCAACACUCUGGCCGACGCAUACAAGUUAGGCGACAACUACUACCAGAAGUUUGGAGGUAAUCACCGCCACUGCGACGUGUACCGUCUAGACCCGUGCAAGUACGCGCCUCUCAUGACGCCGACGCUGAGAGACAAAAACGAAAAGCUGGACAGCAACGCAACGCCAUCCGUGAGGUGGAGGCUGUAUAUUAAUGAUUGCGACGCAACGUGGGUGGGCAAGGCGUCGGUAGAGUCGCUGCGCGCGCUGCGCCAGCCAGACGGCUCUCCCACCUUUAAGCUGGAGGGCAAAGGGACGUACUUGGUCGGCAUUGUGUACUCACAGUCGGUGAAGCCGGCAAAUUGGAACUUCCCGUCAGCCGGCAUUGUGCACACGGAGACGGCUUACCAGCUGCGUCUUAAGAUCCAUAAUGUUAUCAUCGUCGACGCUGCCGCACGUCUUUCGAGCGGCUCUAGCGUUCCACAGCUCCAGAUGAACUCCGACAUUCAGUACUCCACAGGCAAACGAACAGACACCCUAGAGCGUCUUUACCGUUACUCUGUUCUGCUCUACCCGUACUUUGCGGCCAACAACACAGCUGCUAACAUAACCUCUCUCUCGCUGACGGUUGUCUCCACGACGCUGCUGAACUCCACGUGGACGUCGCCGAGCAAGGUAGAAUGCCCGAUGUGCACUGGCACAAUGAUGAGCUGCAGAGGUACGGGGAACGGAUUCGAGACGGACUGCGGUGACAAGGCCCUCAUAACGUUCGAGGCGCUCGAUUACAACGCGUCCGAUUUUGAGAGCUCCAUCACCAACGAGGGCAUCUCCGGAAAGUCCGCGAGUACGUCGGUGAGCCCGAAUAAUGCGCUGCGAGUGACGUUUGCCGCGCGCGUGAACGGUAUGGGGUCGGUUGAGGCGACGGGCGCCUACCCAGUCGGCGCCUUCGCCAUAUCUGUAAAGUUGUCGUGCGGCCAGGUGUUCGACGUCGUCGUGAACCAGACAGAUUACAUCAGCGAGCUCAACACGCGGUUCCUCGACACGGAGCUAUGCCGGCCGAGCGCGUACUGGCCUGUGCCGGACCCGCUGGGAUCGUCGGUUCCAGUGAAGCCAUACAGCGCCGAGGCGCUGGCCUUCCUCCCCGGCACCUCCACUAGCGAAGAGGAAGAGGAGAAGAGUGAAAGCUACUACGGCACCCCUGAGCGACUGACAAGUCCGAGCAUGUGUGCCACGGCGCCGAACAAGGAGAGCACUCAUAUUCAUCUGGACAACAUGACGGCCAUCAUUGAGAACGAAAAGGGAAAUGUGACCGUCUCCAUGUGUGCCGUGGCAGACGAGCGGACGUUUGGCACAACGGACUGGGUCAUGGUUUCUUUGCCUCGCAUCCACGAGGAGACAAAGAAGAUCAACUCCGAGGUGAUUCAGAGCAUCGUUGGUGAUGAAACGCUUAGUAACGACUCUUACACAGUAGCGCAGCUGCAGUACCUCACGCUGUCUGUGCGGGUGUCGGAGGUGAUGUCGAGCCUGCUUGCCGGCAGCUCUGCGGAGGGCUACGUCAACAUUUUGCUGGACGGUGACAACGCCCCCAGAUCCAGACGCAGAGAAGAGGAAAUAUGGAUGUAUCCGGAGAGCAACUCGUCAUCCGACCAGCCAGACGCAUACCUGCCGUGGGAGAUGUACGCCUCAUCGCUCAGUUAUCGUCGCAUCGCACACAACAACAACGCUAACGCUAGCGAAACGGAGCCCUUCAACUUUGCCUUCAUCCCUGGCUCCCUGCUGCACUCUGGCAGCCGCAUCCGUGUUCCUAUGAUCAUCCGCGCUGCGAUCAAAUUUGUCACGUACGCUUUCACGGAGGCUAACUCCACGCACUCCUCGCAGCGCGUGAAGAAACACGAGCGUGAGGAGGCGCUGCUGUACAUUGUUUCCGUGAGCCGCAGCAUCUCCGCUGCUCUGCGCUUUGACACAGACACCUACAACCCGGUCAUCACCCAGUCGGGCAUCGCAGCGAAGCCGGCCACCGCCAUUCUCAUCGUGCUCAUUGUCGCCGUCGUGUGCGUGCUCGGCGCGUUCAUGUACGUGGAGGUGACGUACAAGCGCAUUAUUCACAAUGCUAAGUACCAUCCCAAGGGUCCCGACAGCCCGGUGGGCAUCCGCUACGGGCGUGACGGCAAGCCAAAGGAGAAUCAGAAGGCGGCCAAAGAGGGCAGUCGCACAGAGGCCGUCGUGUCGUUCUCUGACUUCACGGCGCGCACCGCGAAGGGCACAGUCGCGGGUGACACCACGACGUCCUCGAUCAAGACAAAGUUUGGCGUCGUGCGCGGAGAACAGAAGCGUGUGCCGGAGUCGGUGGCUGGCUCUAGCUCCGCGUCGAGCGAGGCGGACAGCGCUGCAAAGCUGAUGGAUGGCUACAUCGUGGAAAAUCCACCCAUCGGAGAGGAACAGCCCCGGGUCGAGGACGGCGAGGUGGCCGAGUUCUAA